GGAAAUGGGUAUGGCGGGAGUUUCCCUCUCUCCAUUUAUUACUUUAACAAAGUUUUGAUCAAUUGAUAAACAGAGUGAAAGAGUUGAGAUUGUUUUGAGUUUGAAUCUGCAAAACCCAACAAAAAAGAUGUUGAAUGGUUGGGUUGUUUCAGUCCUCUUCAUCACUCUCCUCGUUUCUCUCUGUAAUCCAAGAGGCGUUUCCGACAUUAAAACUCUUCAUUUCUCUGAAACUCACACUAACACCCACACCCACACCCUCUUCUCUUUCCUUUCAACUCUUCAGUACGAUUUCUAUCGAAAAUCCUGCCCCAACGCCGAGAACAUUGUAAGAUCUUCCGUCGCUAACAUUUACUCUCACCACCAAGAUAUCUCCGCUUCUCUUCUUAGACUCUUCUUUCACGAUUGCUUCAUCCAGGGCUGCGAUGCUUCCAUCCUAUUGGAUCCCAUUACCGGUGAUGCAACCUAUUCCACUGAGAAGCAGGCUAUUCCCAAUUUGACCUUAAAGGGUUUCCAUGAGAUUGAUCAAAUCAAGGAAGAGCUUGAAAGGGUUUGCCCACGUGUUGUUUCUUGUGCCGAUAUUCUUUCCCUUGCUACUAGAGAUGCCGUCGUUCUGGCUGGUGGCCCCUUCUAUCCAGUUUUCACGGGCAGACGAGACAGCACGAGGGCGUACUUUGAAGAAGCAACGGCGGACAUGCCACGACCGGACGACAGCAUCAAUCGCACUCUUUAUCUAUUUGCAACAAGAGGACUUGACGAAAGAGAUAUGGUCAGUCUUUUAGGAGCGCAUAACAUUGGGAAGAUUGGGUGUCAGUUCAUUCUGAAUCGUCUUUAUAACUUUUCUGGAACCAACCUACCAGAUCCAUCAAUUGACCCUGAGUUCCUAAACCACAUGAGAUCCAAGUGCCAAGAGAAGGAGAACAAUGAAAACAACAAUGGCAGUCAAGAUCAAAUGUCUCCAGCAUCAUCCCCAAUUUCAAAGGAGGCAUCAGUAGAGAAGCUGAGAAGGUCUACAUUGGACGUGUCAAACUUUCAAGAACUGUCAUCUGCAUUGUCGUUGGAGGGAGGUUUCGACACUCAUUACUACAAGAGCUUGUUGAGUGGGAGAGGAUUGUUGUAUGCUGAUCAGCAACUAAUGGCAAACGAGAAAACUGGGAGACUGGUACAGGGUUAUGCUUCUGAUGAUGGCUCUACCUUUCGCAGGGACUUUGCAAGGGCUAUGGUCAAGCUAUCGGUUCUUGAUGUUCUGACUGGUUCUCAAGGUCAAAUCCGUGAGAGAUGCGGGUACUAAAUUGCAACAGCAUAUUCUUCUUUUUUUGUUUUGAGUCCUUUUAGGAUCAUUGCUCUGUUCUCAUUCUUGAACAAAGCUGCAUAUCUCUUACAAGUUGUUUAGAAGUCAAUUGAUGUUAAUAUCAGGAAUGUGUAUAAUAGAAACUUCUCGCCAACAAAACCAAUAAUAACCAUGUUCUUCCUGCGUGUUAUAUGGCCACUAAAUAUAUUUUGGGGUAUACAUGAAUGGAUUUCACAGAUUC